GGAUUUUAAACGCGUUUUAAAUCGCUGAGUAGUUUAUCCGCACGGCAUCGGAUUUUACCAGUGAAAUUGUGUGCGGCACGGUGCGGGAAUCGGUGGUUGUGAAUUGUGCAAACAUUAGUGCAGUCAGCGGAGCGGAAAGAGUGGAAAAUGCCUUUGUAGCAAGGGCGGAGGGCAUCAUCAGCAGCUUGCAGAGAGGUGCUAAGCAGUGUUAUUCGUGUGAUUCAUGACAACUUUCUCUUCCGAGUUUGAUCGAUCCAUCCAGUGCCGACGGCCCCGCCAACAACAAUGGAUCGUAAAGUGGAGGAAAUCAAAUACAAGGUGCUGGAUCUGAUCAACAAGAAGAAAGAUGUGAAGAUUCCCAAGAUGGGCUUUACGGAUUACUAUGUCCAGCAUAGUGGCGUUCAGCCGCAACAGAAGCAUUCUUCGGUGCCUGGUUCGGGUUCAUCCGGAAGGAACUCGGCCGCCUCAUCGUCCAAGUAUGAUUAUUGUUCCUUUUAUGACGACGAUGAUGAAGAGGAGAGGAAAGAUAUGAUCGACGGAGUAAAUCAGGACUCGCAGAGAUUGUCGGAUCAGGAAAUUUUAGAAUCCACGGAAGCUAUUUACUUCGACAGCGGAAGCAACACUGGGCUUCACGAACUGAAGAAAUUGUCUGAAACCGAUGGAUUGCUGAAUUGCCAAUGUAUCGAGAAGGCGAUGGGAACGCUAAAACAGCAGCACAAAGUGAUAUCGAAGAAGGUCCUGCAGCUCAUACUGGAACAGCGACCUGCUUGUAAUGAGGAGUUCCAGCGCAUACAAGAAACGGAAUCGCUGCUGAGGGAAACAAUUGCCAAAUGCCGUACUACAAGGGAGCAUAUGGAUGGGUCCAAAAAGCUUUUGACCACUACCAACCUGGAGAUAUUGGCAGCGUAUAAGAAGCGUCAAACGUUGAUAAAUCUUCUCAAAACACUGAAUGCGCUCAAAAGUAUGCGGUCAAUCGAUCAACGAUUACAGAAACGCCUCUCGGAGGCCGAUUACAGCGGUGCGAUUGCGAUCUUGUUGGAGAACAAAAAUCUCUCCGAGCGGUUCCAGCAGUACAACUGCAUCGAGUCUCUGUCAACUAAGCUUCAGGACACAUUGAUGAUGAGCGAGAUUCAGCUGGAAGCGGUUCUCAACGAAGUCCCCGCUGGGUUUGAUGCGAAAAAGUACAGCAAGCUGCAAGAAGCCUACAAGUUGUUGGAAAAGCAGUUGAUAGCAAUGGACCAACUCCACAUGAACUUCAUUUCGUCGAUUCACACGGCGGCUUUUACCGUACUAAAGCAGCACAUGGAAGCAAGUCUCGAAGAUAACAAACAGAAGUUAACUUUCGAGCAAAUGUGCGAGAAUGUACCUUGCGAAAAGUACAUUCACUGCUUGACGGAUCUCUGUCGAGCUUUCUGGAAGAUCUUAGUUUCAUACUAUCAGGUUCGAUGCUGGCAUCAGAAUCAGAAACUAUUUGAAAAAGGCCGUGAAGCGCAGCGGAAGGAUUCAGAGCAGCAACAGUCAAACGAGAGUUUUCACGAGGAAUAUAUCCAACAAAAGCUGGAGAUGGGACAAUUCCGGCUGUGGAAUGACAUCCAGUCCAAGAUCUGCAUCUUUAUCAACAGUACCAAGCUAAGCUCCUUGAAGUACGAGUACUUCAUCCAGAUCCUUGCGAUUGUCCAACGACUAAAGAAGGUUGGCAUAGAGUUCUGCGACGAUGCAUCCGAGAAGCUAAUGGAACACAUGCAGCGUCAAAGCGUCGAAUUCUUUCGGCGCUACCACAUCGCUUGUCUGGAAGAAAUCGGUCUCUUCUUCGACCACGAAGUAUGGGUCCCAAUCGGAAGCUUCACCGAUGUUAGCCAACUGCAAGAGUACAAGAACUUCAAACACGCUCUAAUUAAAAACCAAAACGGGACUGUCCGGAACGGCGGACGCUCCUCGAGCCAAGAGAACAAAUCCGUCGACCCUCUUGGAAUAGGGCAAUCCAACCUGCCCAUCAAUAGCACCUCCUCCGUACACUCGCAGGACGAGAGUUCCCUGUAUGGGUCUUGUGGCUACUUUCUUCGGUUCACCGAAAAAAGCUCCCCCUUCGAUGGUGGCUUCGAUUGCACCAUGCUAGAAGAGGACAUCCUCGCCGGCAUCGCCGACGAAUCCUCCUACUACUACUCCGAGGACAGCAGCGAUAACAACGAAACCUACUUCGACCAAAGUCCAGAAGCAAAACAGAAGCAUCCACCCCCAACCACUAACAUUCCCUCGCAACCCCCAAACAGCCACCUGACUGUGACCAACACGUCGUUGACCGUACUUCGCUGCAUCGGUCGCUAUCUGUACUUCUGCAAGCUGCUCCACUCUAUCGCGCCGCAUAUCGUAAUGUCCAUGACGGAACUCCUCGACUUCUAUCUGUACUCAGUGCACGAGCUGUUCUCGCGGGAUCUCCCGGUUCCACGAGACAACCUCUACUCCCCAUCGCUAAAACGCAUCCUCACUCGAAUCCAGUCCACCAUCAUUCCAAAACUGCGCAAAUGGCCCCUGUCGGACGAGAUGAUCUCCGAGGACCUGGCCAACGCGGACCUGAUGUACGGCCUACAGAAGCGCAUCAUCGCCACCGAAAGCUGUCUCAGCUUGAUCAACCAGUUCCGCCUGAUGGAGGAGUACUUAGGGGGGCUGCUACACCAGCAGUCCUCCGAUGCAGCGGCACAGGAACAGCUGCGUCGAUACUUGGCGGAAAUCGCCGCGCAUACCCCGGACGUGCGUAAGCCCGUCUAUAUGUGCGUUACCGCUCGGGUGGUCGAUAUUCAAAACGUUUUGCAUGCCAUGGGGAAGGUCAAGUGGGACAUCAACCACGUUAACGUGCAGCACAGCUCGUACGUGGAUACGAUCAAUCGGGGGGUACAACACUUUGCCAUGCGACUGGAGGAACUUUCCGGACAGCAGGCUAACAUUCCAAAAGAAUCUCUCUGGGAUUGCUUCGUGCACGUGCUGACACACCUACUGGUGGAAGGUUUCUCGAACGCGAAGAAAUGCUCUGCCGGUGGUCGAGCCUUGAUGCAAUUGGACUUCACGCACUUUAUCUCGAUUCUGGAGAUCAUCUCCGGUAGCAAAUACCCGGACCAUCGGGCUUACGUUGAGCAGUACAUCAAGGCGUACUAUCUCCCGAAAGAUCUACUCGAGGAGUGGCUUAGGGAGGGCUGCAACCGGGGCUACUCGGUGCGGCACCUCACCGGACUGGUACAGUGCGCCUGCAGCAGCGAUAAGAAGCUGCGCCAAAGGCUGCUCGCAUUGGUGGAGGCUGGUGCAGGGGGUGGCGAUAGUCAACAGCGCGAGCAGGAUCAGAACAAAGAAUCUUAAAAGUAUUGUUUUAUAUGACAUAAGCUAUCGAAAUUGUUUCUCUCUCAUACUUAUCUGUGGUUUUCGACUUUGGUUCCAUAAUUUUUAGGUGAAUUUAUUUAUUCUUUACAAGAAUCUGCAACUACCAUUGUGGUCGAAAAAAAAAGACAUCAUGUUUAGAGCAAUCUCUGUUUUCUAUUAAUAUUAAUUUUAUUUGGAAUAUAUAUUCUCGAAGUUUAUUUUUAACAGAACAAAACUAUGUACAUUAAAUAGGUGAAAAAUAAAAUAUACAUUAUAACAAAAAUGGAAACGAA